CCGGAAAAUGCCGAAAUGCUCAAAUCAGACGCCAGCCAGUAAAAUGUGUUGUUAAAAUGCUCAAAAUGUAAAUAGAUACAUACACACCUGGCAUGAGUGCCUUUGGAAGUAUAUGGGCCAAUAAGACUUGUCAUGUGCCUUGGUCAGAUCAUCAUCAUAACAUGAGCAGUGACCGACAGUAAUAGUUGUGGAAAUAUCAAGCUCAGCCCACAGUAUCGAGAAGAUGGAAGAUGAUUCUGUUUGUUCAGCACAGGAUGAGUCGACCAACAACACAUCUGAUGCUGUUGACCAUUUUGAAUGUCAUAGUGCAGAAUAUGCAGUCAGUAAUUUGACCGAUUUGGUCUUGGAAAUAGAUCAGUCUGAAAAAUGCAUAGUGUAAAAAAGAGCAUGAUUCUGUUAUUCCAGUACAGGAUGAAUCGACCAAUAACACAUCUGAUGCUGUUGACCAUUUUGAAUGUCAUAGUGCAGAAUGUGCAGUCAGUAAUUUGACCGAUUUGGUCUUGGAAAUAGAUCAGUCUGAAAAAUGCAUAGAGAAAAAAGAGCAUGAUUCUGUUAUUCCAGUACAGGAUGAAUCGACCAAUAACACAUCUGAUGCUGUUGACCAUUUUGAAUGUCAUAGUGCAGAAUGUGCAGUGAGUAAUUUGACCGAUUUGGUCUUGGAAAUAGAUCAGUCUGAAAAAUGCAUAGUGGAAAAAGAGCAUGAUUCUGUUAUUCCAGUACAGACUGGAUUAACCAAUAACACAUCCAAUAGCACUGAUCAUUUUGAAUAUGAGAGUGCAGAAUGUGCAGUCAGUAAUACAACUGAAGCGGUCUUAGAUGUAACAAAGUCUAAUUAUUCUACAUUGAGCAAAGAUCAUAUUGUAGCACAUGAUGAAUUGAGCAAUGAAAUAUAUUUUACUGCUAAUAAUUUUGAAGAUGAACAUACAGACUUUGCAAUCCACAAUUUAGCAGAUACAUCCAUGGAAAUAAAAAAGUCUGAAACUUCCAUGGUGAAGACAGAAUCAAAUUAUUCAGAUAUGUUAGUACAGGAUGAAUGGACCAACAAAACAUCCAGUAUCACUGAUCCUUAUGAAUAUGAAAGUGCAGAUUAUGAUGCCACAAAUUUUGGCUUGAAAAUACCGCUGUCUGAACAUCCCUUGGUAAACACAGAACAUGAUUUGGUUAUUCCAGAAGAGUUUGAAUUCACCAGUGAAUCAUGUAAUACUACUAGUCCAUUUGAAGAUGAAAGUGCAGACCAUGCAGUAAAUAAUACAGCAGAUAUGACCUCACAAAUACCAGAGUGUGAACAUUCCCUGUUGGAAACAGAAGACUAUGACUCCUCUGUCCCAGCACAAGGUGAAUUGACAGUUGAAACAUCUAAUACAAUUAAUGACUCUCGAGGUGAAAAUGCAGAAGGUGUAGCCAAUGACACAACAAUAGAUUUAGUCUUGCAGAUACCAAAAUCUGAAGAUUCCGUGAUGAAUAGCAGAGAACAUGAUUUAGUUCUUUCAGAAAAAGAUGAAUGGAUUAAUGGAUCAUGCAAUAAAAUUUCCAAUGACGUUGAGAGUGCAGAGUGUGUAAUCAGGGACUCGACAACAAGUGUAGAAGAUGGUGAAGUAGCAGAUAUAGUUUUGCAAACACCAGAGCCUGAUCAGUCCACUAUAAAGACAGAACACGAUUCUUUUACUCAUGAAUUCACUAGUGAAAUGACUGACACAACAAUAGAAGAAGCAGUGGUUGACAAUCUGUUUUUUACAUGUGACAUUGACAAGAAAGGACUGGUUUUAGUGUCAAGUAUUAUCAGAUAUCUACGAUCAAAUAUACUUCAUCAUCAGUUGCAAUCAGAGUGUGAGUUGUCUACCCUGUCACAUCUGCUAGACCCCGAUGGAGACGAUGUUAUUGUCGACAUAGUGACGUACCGAAAGGCCAUGAUGAAGUGGAUUGGUGACAUCAGGAGAGAGUCGGGGGAAAACGAUCUGAGUGAGGAGGAGGCUCAUUUAAAUUCAACAACACCAAAUUCACCAGCUUUCCGUGAAUCUCUCCUGAGUGUGUACAGUAACAGUUACGAUGCAUCUCAGUUGACAGAUAUUUCACAUUUUUCAGACUGUGAUAUUGCCGAUCUGUCAAAUAAACUAGAAAUCCUACAGUAUCAGUACAAAAGACAAGGAGAGGAUUAUGCCAAGUUGCAGCAGCAAAUUGACUCUCAGGAAGAAACUAUUACUUCCUUGUCCCAAGAAAAUCUAGCAGUAUCCAAACAGAUCAAAAGCCUUCAGGAAAUAUCUAGUUUGCGGAGUGGGAUCCAGACAGAGAACGAAGAACUGAAAACAGUUGUAGUGAGAUACCAAGAAACAAAAAGGGACCUGGAGCAUCGACUUUGCCAGAUGGAUAGAGAUAACACUAUCCUCGUUGAAAAUGCUGAACGCUACAGAAUACGGAUUCAACAGUUGUUGUCUGAUUUAGAUGCAUCGAGGUGUCAGAUAAAAGCCCUACAAAAAGAAUUAACAGAGCAAAAGCUACUGAUGACCAAACUACAUGAUGACAAAUCUUUCCAAGAAGUUCAACUUGCUGAGAAGGAAAUCCAGAAUAAAGACCUACUGGCAUCUGUACAUGAACUCAGUCGUGUUAUUGAGGAUUUGAGAAGUGAAUACAAGGAUCUUCAGCUAGAGUUGAUUCAUACACAGCAGCAACUCGAGAAUCUUGAGAAUCUGGGAGAGGAACACUUAUCUAUGUCUGUAGGGUGCGAUGAUUACAUGUUGGAUGACGAGGAGCUGGGGUCACGCCGUUCAUCGUUUUCAUCCUGUGGAUUCAAGAGAAGUUCAUCUAUUCACAACGAGCUGAAAGCAGUGCUUGAUCACAGUCCACUCCCGUCUCCGCUGUGCGAGAGAGAUCACAGCAGUAAAAUGAUGAUGAUGAUGGAAAACAGUCCUGCUGACUCCUUCAUAAUCGAUGCCGUUUGGGGCAACAUAGAUCUCGAACUGUCUCCUCACAAAGAGGAACACUUGGUGACAGACCUAGUAAAACUGGUUGAGAAAUGUAAAGGAAAGUACAAUCCUUUGCUGAAAGAAAUCUAUGGCAUUGUCUGUAAACCUGAAAGUACUUUGGAUGUUCAUAGAUCUAGAUCGUGGCCAUCGAUUAAAGGAGAACCUGACGUAGAAGAGACAUCAGCCGUACACUCUAUAAAGCACUUAAAACAAUUGGUAUGCAUUCUAUGCAGAUUGGAAGCUGAAAAUGAACAACUAAAACAACUGCAUUACAAGUCUGUGGAAAUUCUUGAAACCUCAAAGCCAGACAUGGAUAAAACUGCUGAGGAGAGAUUUUUUGCACUACAGACAACGCUAAUGGAGGAAAGGAUAGAAAAGUUAUCUCUACAAGAAGAGCUCGAAAGUGUAAAAAGCAAGUUUGGUGAAAUGUCUGAUGAGCUACAACAAAAAUUCAAGGAGAUAGUGAUUUUGCAUGCUGAAAUUGAAAAGCUUCAUGAUAGUGUCACAAAUCUAACAAGGGCCAACUUGGAUUUGUCGGAAAAGUACCACUGUGCUGAAUUGACAUCCACCAAGCUUCAAGAAACACUGGAAAGAGAAAAACAGAUAUGUUCUGAAUUAGAGGGACAUUUAUCAAAGGCCAAGCUGGCAAGACAAGUUGAUUUACAAGAUAUAUGGAGGCUGGUUCACAAGGAAGCCGAGAUGGAGUACGUGGACGAUCAGAAUGAUAGUCCUGUCUCCAGUUCAACAGACCUUCUAAAGGAUCAGAUUUCCAAGGAGAUCGAAACACUCAAAGGACAACUGGUGAAACGGCAGGCCGCACUUGGUGUUCUGAAAGGAAAGCAGAUGUCGUUGGAGUUGGGAAGCCUGUGUAGACAGUACAACCCCGCACCUCACUCCCCGAGUUCACCUCUUGUCGAUGCUUUGACAAUUGAUUUCUUUGACGGAAGAUACGGCCGGUUGAGACAGAGUAGUAAGAAAGUGUGUACGUUUAGCGGCCUGGCCCACCACUCGUUUGACAUGGACAAGUCGAGGUAUGAUGACAGCAGACUGGCACCACACCACACCUUAUCAUGUCCAUCAUUGCACCAGAACAGACAGCAGUGUGCGUGGGAUGGCAAUCGGAACAUUGUAUCGUACACCAGUCUUAACACCUCCAGCAGCUCCAGCACCAGUGGAAUUGAUACCAGUCCACGCUAUCACCGCAGUACUGACGGUCAGAACAAACGUAGGGACUUUAUUCGCAGUUCAGCCAGACAUGAGAACAGUAGUACCACAACAACCACAACGUCGAAUAGUGCAGACAGCAAUACAGCGUCGGACUGCUCGUACUUGAAACAGCAGCAGCAACAACAGCACAAUGUCAAUGGUGUGAAGUCACCGGCUGGAGUAAGACGGUUUAGUUUUAAGGCGGCUAUUGAAAAUAGGAAAGACAUGAAUGAUCAUGGUCAGCCUCUGCCUCGGAAUCGCAGCUCCAGCUAUCAUUCUGCUAUAGAACAGGGUCAGAAGGAUUGCACAGAGGAUGUGGGUUAUGCUUCGUCCACCACGGACACAACGCCGGAGAAUGUAGACAGCCAUCAUGACUUUAUGUUGGGACAUGCGGGACCUGUGAGAACCGACGGCAAGUCUGUCAGUUUCCAUCUUAAAGCACAGAAUGUAUAUGAGUACUGUGGUGACAAAUGUUCAGGGGAUGAUUUCGAUGUGGAGGCUUUAGAUUCAGAAGAAGAUGCUUAUCGUAGCUUUGAGAGUUUCGAGGUUUACCAUUCCUCUCAAAAUAGCAGACAGUUGUUAAAUCCACCCAGGAAAUUAUCAACGUUGAUAGAAGAGGACAUUGAUCACUUUGAUGGUCAUGGAGAUACAGACUUUGUUUCUCCUAAAAAACAAGACAAAACUCUGAAAUAUUCAAGAUUAGAGUGCAAUAAGCCAAUAGACAGUGCCAAGAAUAUUAGUUGUGAAAAGGGUUCUUCUGAAAGGGUUCCUAAAAUUACAACCAGAGUGAUGCCAGGAAAAAGUGGAAAAGGUGAUCUAUCUCAUGUAUCAUAUUCCAAAGAGGAUAUCUAUAAAAAGGCUUUAAAAGCAUAUUGCAAAUUAUUUGAGACUACUGGGCCUGACAGAACAGGUAAUCUGGCAAGUGCAUCUCCAUUAGGAGCGUGUCAUACUGUAGAAACACAGACAACAGUGACUAGUCCUCAGAGGCAGCUUAAACAUUCUCCUGUUGGGCAGUCAGUGGUACACUCAGCUGCUGAUUUAAACGCUCCUUCACCUGAGGGGAGGGCAGAUCCCGUUUCAAAACCUUCCACAAUUCCAUCCAGAUUGGCACAGCUGAGGGAGUCGAAUUUAGCAAAGAAGCGAGAACACAUGAGAUUUAUGAAGCUGCCAGACCUUCAAGAACAGAUGGAUACAAACAAUACCAUACCACUGAAUUCAGAUUCCCUUAUGAAUGUCGCCGUUAUCCCACCAGCACCAUCGUCUGAUCCCGUGAUGCCGAGCAUUUCUGACAACUUCCUCCAACAGCUUGGGCUCAAGAAGAGUGCAAAGGCUUUCAAAUGUGAUGAUCUUUCUGAACAAGAAAUUGAGGCCAAGUUUCUCAGUCUUUCGCUGGCUUUCAAGACUGACAAGUUAACGUUGGAACAGAGGAAAGACAUACAAGAGAGAUCUCGAGAUAUUGCUGAAAGAAACAUAGAUCAGGAGUUACUAGGCUUGAGGAAUGUUGUCGAAAAGCUGAACCAGCUGAUAUCUGACGUGCACGUGCACGAGAUCGUGACAAAGAUUCAGAACCACAUUGACGUGUUGGAGCAGACCGCAGCCCGAGUCUCUAGCAGGGCCGAGGUGUUCGGAGCGGUCCAGCAGGAGAUGAGGAUGAGCCGGGCAAUGGAAGUGAUGGUUGUUCAUGUGGAGAAUGUCAAGAGAUCUCAGGAAAAAGAUCGCUUGGAGCUGGAAGAGGCGAGAAAGCAACUAGAAAAACCCUUUGGAAUGUCCAGUUUAUCAGAAUUAGGUUCAAAACGAUCUAUGUCUGUGUGUCCAAUGAAUUUUCCACAGAAGACUAGACGAAGAAGCGAGAUAGCUUUACCGCUCAUAUUGGGUGGGUCAGGCGGUGCCUCCCUCAAGCACUCAGCAUCCUUGGAUUAUCCUCUCUUUAUGGAAUGCCCACCAAAGCUAGGAACCAGUCAGACCUUGUUGGAGGAUCCAGAGGAUGCUAGGCAAAGAUUUCAGGCUGCUGUAGCAAGCACUUCUGUUCAAAAUGCUAUAACCACAACACUUAGAAAAGCUUCCAUAGAACGUCAGAACGCCAUUUCAUCACAAUCAUCACUGUCCAGAGAAAGUUCAACAUUAUCGCGAGAGAGCUCCACAGAUAGACCAAAAGAACAAGGUAGCAGCUCUCCUGCACCAAGCAAGCAAAGUUCACAAGACGAAGAGGCCUACCAGAAAGGAUUUGAAGAUGGUGUCAAAGCAAAACUGGGUAAAGAGCUGAGUGACUUACGGGAACAGCAGAACUCAAUUGGUAACAAUAUUGAGGAAGUCAUGGAAAAAGUCGAACAUUCGGAAGAAGAACUCUUGAAGGAAAAUAAUAACUCUGUGGCCAAAAGUGUGAUUCAGUUUCAGAACAUUGCAACGAAGUUGUCCUGGGAUGACCCAUUGAAAACACUGCGCUUUGUCGCGGCCUGUCUUAUUUUCAUGGUCGCCAUUUGUGUUGUGAUAAUGUCCCUUUUCACUGGAACUGCAUCAGGGGUGGAGAUUGAGGUGGGUCGCCAUCAUUACGGAAUGCCUCCAUUGUGAGAGUGAAACUGAAAUUCGUUGAGACAUGCAGUGAGAUAUUCCCACUGUGAGAAGAGUGAAAUCCAGGGUACUAACGAGCCUGAUGAAGUAGACUUACUUUGAGCCGUCUUCUGAAAUGCCGCACUAAUGGAUCAACACAACCAACAAGCAAAUAGUUUUUAUAUACAUGCAAAAGGAACUCGAUAAGAUUUCUCCACAUUUAGACAUAUAUUUCUGAUAACACUAAGAGGCUGUAGCUUAUUCAGAAUACGAACAUUUUGUUUAUAACAAACAGAUCUCUUAAAAACUAGUUUGCUGAAACAACUGCCCAAGAAUUAGUUUGUUUUGUGUCCUUUAUUUAACAUAAAACAAAAUAUUUCUCAGGCAACGAUAUGUUUCCACUUGACAUUAACUGUGAUACUUAGCAGGCUGUACACUUUAAUCUUGGAAGAAAUAACUACUAGUAUUUUGUGCCCAAUGCCACCAGGUGGCAGGGGUGAACGAAACUUUACAAACAAAACUUUACAAACUUGGUUGUUUGUGGGUGGGGUCACAUCAUACAUGCUCCCUACUUAUUACUGGUUGUUUCAGUUACUGUUCAUUACAUUAUUUGUUGUAACAAAUAUUGUUUGAAGAAGUCUCUCAAAAACAUGGAAUUGCAUUUAAUUUGACUAUUUAUUGUAUUGGUGCAGUUUUAAAUGAUACACUAUAAUUAAAAUAAUGAUUGUUCUCAGGCCAAUGAAAAAAACCCCAGACGGAUGAUUCAUUUGAUUACAUUGUUAAAUGAUUUUCAACUGCAAAGUUUGUUGCAUUUCUUUGACAUAUCACAUUUGCCUUAACACGAGACGUUGUUAGUGCAUUAAUAUAGUUGUUUAGUGUUUUCUCAUUUCGUAAUAAUAGCCUUAUUUUAGGUGCCAGCUCAGGACUCUUGGUUUUCUGCUAAUUGUGUGGAUGAGACAUUAUUAUAGCCUUGGGUCUAGACUUCAAGUUGUAGGCAUAGAGCCUGGUCUUAGAAUGACAGCUUAGAGCCUGGUCUUAGAGUGACAGCAUAGAGCCUGGUCUUAGAAUGACAGCUGCACAAAUUCAUUCUGAGGUGGGUGUUUCAUCUACAUGGUCAUAUAUAGGGUGGAAUGAGCAAUCAGCACGGACCUAGGCAAGGCUCAGAAUUGAUUUUGUGGAGUGGGAAGCAAUUUUUACUUCUCAAAUGUUUAAGUUGGAAGCAAAUGCUAGAAAUUGAGAAGCACUUCUAGACAUUAGUCUGAAAGUUAAAGUGUAACUUUUUUAACAGCAAAGCAGAAAAUUUGAGACAAACAUGGAUAAAAGUAUAAAAUGUAUAUUAUCACUUUUAAAAAUCAAUAAUUCCUAAUGUAUUUCUGGAAUACUUUGAAAUGAAAAUCCAAAACUGCUUGUGAAAACUAUUUUGAAGAUAAUUUGCUGCCUGCCUUCAGUCAUAUUAGAGCUGCCUAGGCCCUCAGGUAAUUAUGGGGUCAAUGUGCAGGCAAGUCCGUACAAGGAAAAUGAUGCAUGUAUUGUAAAUUAUUAAAUAGACCGAGAGAGCUGUUUAGGAAAGUUACAUGUGACUGAAGGAUAACUUUGGUCCAGAUUGUAAAAUGGAGACAGUGACAUUAUUACAUGGAUGCAAAUAAAAAUUUUAAGAAUGAAUUAUAUUAUCUAGAUCAUACUUUUCUUAUAGUAUAUUUUUCAUAAAUAACAAUUAAUCCAUUGUUGUUGAACCGUGGCGAUACUGUGAUGUGUAAUUAAGACAUAAUGAUAGAAAGUGUUUAAGAUGUUCAUAUACCAGAAACCAGAGACUGGUGCUCUGAUGUGUUCCACAGGAUGCUGUCCUUUUUUCAACUCCACAGACAAAUCUAAUACAGAGAGCUAGAGUUUUCCCAAAAUCAUAUCUCAUAAUGCAAGUUUGAUUGCUUGUUUUGCAAAUUUAGUUGAGAUGUUUUGAAUAGGAAUAGGAUUUCUUGGCAGUAAGAAUUCUUGUAUUUUCAUAAUGUUGGUCCUUGUGCUAGUAGUAAGAAAUAUGUUUUUGAAACCAAAGUCAGAAGAUGGAUCCCAAGCAGUGUGUUGCAGCAAAUUAAAAAUCCAAUAUUUUUUCCACUUGCCCCAUAGAAUUGAAGGUGGGUACUAACAUUGCCAUCACAAAAAUUAAAUAAACCAGUUGGUAAUGUUCCUGUUGAAAUACUAGUAUUAACCUGUCAGGGACAGGUAUACAAUGGUCCAUUGUAUACACUGUGUCACUUACGUCCAUCCCUACUAUUGAUAUUUUAAAGUUUUAAAUGCAUUUGAUUCACAUGGUUGACUUUAAAUUUUAGAGAUGAGAUAAAAACAGUAUAAUACAAGUAGAUGGAAAUAACGUUCUUUCUUCAGUUGGGAUUUUAAAUGUAUUUAUUUAAAUUUUAACUAGCAUAUGAAUAAAAUAGAAUUUUAAAGUUUGUCAAAAUUUGUAAAACAAGCUUGAGCCUGCUUACCUUGGUUGUUAUAUAACUGGGUACACCUGUAGAUGUUGAGGCAAUAGCAGUAGUUCUCUCUGAUACUUUUUGUCAGGUGAGCUGUGGUGACAAUAGCAAUUGUUUUCUUUUACGUGUGAUUUUUUAAAAUAUUGACCAAAUCAGAAUGUAUUAUAUUUCUUUAUUAUUACCUAUUUGUGAUGUGUUUUGCCCAUUGUUGACCAAUUAAAUAUAUUUACCUUUA